AUGGCCGCUGUCCGUGUGCGGCGAUGGAGUGACGUGGAGGCGAGACGACGGCCGUUACACCGCGCUGCAUACGACAAUAGUACACCGUUUCCUGCACCCGCAGCACCUUCGUCGGCUGGUCCGGCUUCUUCCACGAAGAAUGUUCCGUUAGCGGUUAUGGAAGACGCGCCCGAUUGCUUGCUCGAGAACGUUAAUCACGAUGAGGCUAAUUCGGAUAAGUGCCCGAUUUGCCGCAAGACGCAGACGCAAUGGCCUGAACAAACUAAAGGACUUGUGAAAGCCCAUCCAUACUGUACAAAUUGUGGCAAACGCGGGUCGGGUGGACAAUUUUGCGACGGAUGUGGGCAAUCAUUAGCGCACACACCUACAGCUCAAGAACGCGCCCGUGUGGCUGCAGCAGCUGCAGCAGCAAGAAGCAAUGUGGUUGUAGAGUGUCCAACAUGCCAGAUUCGAUGUCUUGUGAGUACCACAGCGCGUGGUACGCUACAGUGUCCUAAUGGUCACCUUUUUCAGUUGCGUAUGCCUCCAAAUAUGGGUAACUCACAAGGACUUCGUCAGAGUUUUCAUGGAAGUGUACCCAAUUUAAUGACAUCUGGACCCCGACCAAUCAUGCGACAAUGUCCUACAUGCUACACACGCGUUCAAAUGCCACCAGGUAGCCAAGCUGCUGUUUAA